AUGCCCCCCCUCCCUCACCAACACGUCCCCCGUCUCAUAACCUACUACCAAACCCACCACACUCCCUCCGGUGACCCCAUCUCUGUCCUCCCUUUUCUCCAAAAACCCGGCAUCAACCUUACCCACCUGAUCCUAGCCGCCAUCCACAUCAACUCGGACCCGGAAGGCAUCACCCUAAACGACCACCCGCCGUCACACGAGCGCUUCACGACAUUAUGGACCGAGCUCCGCAUCCUCCAAGCGUCAGGCAUCAAAGUCCUCGGCAUGCUCGGCGGCGCAGCCAAGGGUUCCUUUGCGCGCCUUGAUGUCCCGGAUCCAGACUCUCCCGAUAAGACGGCUUUGGAGCGUUUCGAGCGGUAUUAUCAGCCUCUUAAACGACUGAUUAAAGAACGCGGCCUGGACGGCCUAGACCUAGACGUCGAAGAAGAGAUGUCUUUGGCGGGAGUGAUUCACCUAAUCGACCGACUGCGUUCCGACUUUGGGCCGGAUUUCCUCAUCACCCUAGCGCCCGUAGCGGCCGCCAUGUUAAACCCGCGGCACAACUUAUCGGGGUUCGACUACGAGGCGCUCGAGGUGAUGCGCGGCCAGGAAAUAGCGUGGUACAACACGCAGUUCUACUGCGGGUGGGGGGACUGUAGUAAUCCGGUCAUGUACGAGAUGAUGGUGAUGAAGGGAUGGGCAUCGGAAAAGAUUGUUGUCGGGUUGAUCACGAACCCGGAGAAUGGCGGGGGGUGGGUGCCUUGGCCGGCGCUGGCGGGCGUCUUGCCGCUGCUGGUGGGCAGACAUCCAAGGUUCGGCGGGGUGAUGGGGUGGGAGUAUUUCAACAGCUUACCUGGGUCAAGGGAGAGGCCGUGGGAGUGGGCGCAGGUCAUGACGGCGCUGUUGAGGGGGAGACAGGCGUCGGAUGCUGGAGCGCAGUUGUUGGGUGCGUUGGGUGCUCCUUUGCAUCUUGAUGUUGCGCAGCAGCAGCACCAAGAACAACAACAACAACAACCACAACAACAAGCAAAGCAGUCUCAACCUGAACAAGAGAAGGAAGGAGGGGGGUAUGGGCUAGUGGACAAGGACGAAGUGGACACACCCAUUGCGGUGCCCAACUCGUUUGAUUACCACACUGAUGCAGAAGAUGAGGAUGAGUAGACAUGAGACAGACUUACACUACCCUAGACCAAAGCGUUCCAUUCCAACAACAACAACAACAAUGCCAGCGGGAUCAUGUGUGAAGGAAACUCUGUUUGAUGGCAGCACGGGGUCUGCCGGUAAACGGCGUGUCAAUCAUACAGAAACCCGUCUUUCAGUAGCCAAGAGUCCCAUACAACCCGGACAUCAGACA